AUGCGGGCGCCGUCCGCGCCGCAGCGCCCCCCGGGGGCGCUGCACCCUCAGCAGCAACAGCAGCAGCAGCAGCAGCAACAGCAGCAGCAGCAGCAGCAGCAACAGCAGCAGGCGCACGAGCAGCAGCAGCAGCAGCAGCCAGCAGCAGCAGCAGCAGCCAGCAGCAGCAGCAGCAGCAGCAGCAGCAAAGUGAAAGUCACGGGAAGCAACGCCGCGGCUGCAGGCUUGGGGGGGCCUUCCACCCCUGGCAGCCCUCUGCUGCUUAGCUGUGUGGAAGCAGCAAAUAGUGCAUUUGCUGCAGCAGCUGCUGCUGCUGUGGCAGGUGGUGCUGCUGCUCAAACAGUGUGCGUUGCUGCUGCUGCUGCUGCAGUUCACCCGGCAGUCGCCGCGGCUGCGAGCCAUUUUGCUGCUGCUAAUAUGGGUCCUGCUACAGUGCUAUCGCUGCACCAGCUGCAGCAGCAGCAGCAGCAGCAGCAGCAGCAGCAGCAGCAAGACUACUUCUGCUACGCUGAUGUUGAGAGGGCUGUUCUGCAGCCCGAAAGUCUUUAUGACUAG